UUUUUUUAUUCAUUUCUUUUUCUUCUUUUUUCUUUACUUUUCUUACAUUACUAUGCAAACUUAUACAGUAGAACAAGUAGCUCAACAUAACAAUGCCAAAGAUUGUUGGAUCAUUGUUGAUGACAAAGUAUUUGACGUGACUAAAUUCUUAUCUGAACAUCCUGGUGGUAAAAAAGUACUUGUCAAAAUGGCCGGAAAAGAUGCAAGUCAGCAAUUCAAAAACUUCCAUAAUGACGCUAUCAUGCAACGUGUCGGUUUACCUAUGCAAAUUGGUGUCAUUGCUUCUUCUACUCCUGCUACUCCUACUACUUCUGCUACUCCUGCUACUCCUGCUACUCCUGCUACUUCUGCUACUACUCGUUCUAGUCCUGCAACUUAUACUAUCUCGGAUAUAGUUUCGGGUGCUGAAAGCAAAUUUGGUGAAGGUAUUCCUUAUGGUGAUCCCUCUUGGUAUCAAGAAUGGAAUAGUCCUUACUAUAACAAGUCUCAUAUCGAAUUACGAAAGGUCAUGCGUGAAUUUGUCGAUAAGGAAAUCACUCCUUUCUGUCAUGAAUGGAGUGAAGCUAAAGCUAUUCCUCGAUCAGUGGUGAAAAGAUGUGGUGAAAUUGGUAUGUUGGCUGCUAUUUCUGGUGCUGCUUCCAAUCCUUCUGUGGCUUCCUUAUUACCUUAUCCUUUACCUGCUGGUUUGACUACAGAUCAAUUUGAUAUUUUCCAUGAAUUUAUCUGUGUGGAUGAACUUUCUCGAUGUGGUUCUGGUGGUUUGGUUUGGGCUGUCGAAGGUGGUUUAGCUAUUGCACUUCCUCCUGUACUCAAUUUUGGUAGUGAUGAAAUGAAAAAAGAAGUCGUACCUGCUGUUCUUUCUGGUGAAAAAUUCAUUUCUUUGGCUAUUACUGAACCUUCUGCUGGAUCGGAUGUGGCUAAUCUUACUACAAGUGCCAAGGAUGCUGGUGAUCAUUUUAUCUUGAAUGGUGAAAAGAAAUGGAUUACUCAAGGAGCUUAUGCUGAUUAUUAUGUUGUGGCUGCUCGUACUGGUGGUUCAGGUAUGGCUGGUAUCUCAUUAUUACUUGUUCCACGUACUUUACAAGGUGUGAAUGCUCGGGCCAUGGAUUGCCAAGGUAUGUGGGGUUCUGGUACUUCCUAUAUUACCUUUGAAGAUGUCAAGGUACCAAAAACAAAUUUGAUUGGUAAACUCAAUCAUGGAUUCAAAUAUAUUAUGACCAAUUUCAAUCAUGAACGUCUUGGUAUUGUGAUGCAAGCAAAUCGUUUAGCUCGUGUUUGUAUUGAAGAAGCUUUCAAGCAUUCUCUUAAGCGCAAGACAUUUGGUCAACCUUUGAUUCAACAUCCUGUGAUUCGCAAUAAAUUUGGACAUUGUAUUCGUCAAGUGGAAGCUACACAUGCUUGGCUUGAAAGUAUUCUGUAUCAAGUCAAGACUUUACCUCAUGAAACUCAAGCUAAUGUUCUUGGUGGACCUAUUGCAUUACUGAAGGCUCAAAGUACUCAAACAUUUGAAUAUUGUGCUCGUGAAGCUGCACAAAUCUUUGGUGGUUUAGCAUAUACCCGAGGUGGACAAGCUGAAAAGGUAGAACGAUUAUAUAGAGAAGUACGAGCUUAUGCUAUUCCUGGUGGAUCUGAAGAAAUUAUGCUUGAUCUUGGAGUACGACAAACAUUGAAAAAAGUCAAGUUAUAAUAGGUUAUAUAUACAUUUUUUUUUAUCUAUUUCUUUUUGAAUAAACAAUAUUGAUCUACCG